AUGCAUAGGAGUGGUGCAACGCCUAAAGAUUUGACGGAUCCAAUCUGGUUCGACCUUCUGAAAAAAGGCUCAGGACUUAUGAAAACAGAAUUUGGAGGACGAUAUGUGGACCAACUUAUGAUAGCGAAAAUGCAACUUGGAGAAGACAAUUUAACAAAGAACUGCAAGACGAAUUGUGUAUUGCGUCAUCGAUGCGAAGAAAGCACUGGGCUAAAUAGUGGUCAAAUAGAAAAAUGUAUUGAAGUAUACAAAAAUAGGGAGGAUAUCCCAAACUUUAUGAAGCAAGAUUUCGGUAUUAAAAAUCUGGAAGAAUUUUUUCAAUACAAGCCAAACGAAACUUAUUAUAUAAAUGCUAUGCGGUCACUUAUGGCGUUAGCGCAUGCAGGAACAAUUGACAACUUCGAGGAGCCAACGCUGAUGGCGAUUGAAGUAGAGUUUUACGUUAAAAAGUUCUUUAAACGCACCGAAGACACCGGACAACAUGGAUAUCUUAAUCGUGAACAACUAUUAAGUUUAUUUGAAGAUUUAAAUAUUCAAGGAGACGAAAUGUUAAAAGCUUAA